AUGCCCACCCUAUCAACUGUCGGUGUGGCCGUCCACACCGCCCCCGCCGGUCUCCGAGGUCAGUUGACGAUCGAGCGAUCCGCUCGACGAGCGAGGGAGCUCGUAGCGUGGAGCAUGACGCUUUCUGAGCGUCCCGAGGCUACUUAGGAGAUUACAGUUACUAGUAGCUGAUGUGAUGUUUGACACAGGCUUUGUUCAGUUCUUGUUGCACCAUCGCAAGCUCAGGAAGGACGGAUCCCCUAGGGCUCAGCUCUCGUACGAGGAAGGGCUCAACAUUGUCAAAAAGUUUCUGCUCUAUGCUUCAACGCAUCCUCGUGAGUCAUACGGGGAAUAUCCAUUUUCUUCGGGAAAGUCACGUCAGGAGCCUCCAGCUGAUCCCCGGUCUGGGAUCUUCCGCCGAUCUUCUUUCUCACGUGAUACCAGUCGGCGAGCUGCAAAAGUUCACGGCCCACCACGUUCCCGUCCCGCGGUUCGUGAGUCGCAAAGUCGUCACCAUCUCGGACGGAUGCAUCUCCCGCGCGACGCAUCUCCUGGUCAAAGCUUUGUCGAUCGAUCCCAAGACGAUCGAGCAAGUGGGGGGAGUCAAGUGGUGGACGAUGAGGGGCAGGCCUCUGACGGCUGAGUGGAUCGAGGUGAGAAUUGUUUUUGCCAUUGUGUGAUACAAUAUCCAAAAGUGUCGUUUCUGACUAUUUCUGACGACGUCCAGAUGAGAAAAUACAAGAUUGCUCGAGGUGAUCAGUCACCGGAAAGGAUACUCUUCUACAUCCACGGAGGCGCGCAUUUCUUCUCCAGCCUGGAAACGCACCGUUAUCAGAUCCAGCGACAUGCUCGCAAACUCAACGGUGUUGCCUUUGCACCUUCGUUCCGCCUCGCACCGCAGUACCCGUUUCCGUGUGCGCUGCUCGACGUGCUCGCGGCCUAUCUCGAACUCCUUCAAACCCCCGGCGUCGAUCCUUCGAUGGUUGUCUUUGCUGGGGACUCCUCUGGUGCCGGCUUGACACUGGUCCUCUUGACGCUGCUCCGCGAUCUCGAGCUGCCGAUGCCGUGCGGUGCAACCCUGAUCUCCCCCUGGGUCGAUCUUGCGCACUCGUUUCCUUCCAUCAUCGAGUCCGACGCGGGCGACUACAUCCCCUCAGACGGUUUCCACUACAAGCCUUCGUUGGCAUGGCCACCGCUCAAAACGCCGGAAGACUUUUAUGUUUUGGAGGGAGAAGAGAAGCAGAUUCUUUUGGACGAGCAGAUGCAGAUGUAUUGUCCCAAUGCGAUGCUACGCCACCCAAUGGUGUCCCCUGUCAACCAGGGCUCGCUUGGAGGACUUCCCCCCCUUCAUAUCGUACGUCCUCGAACUCUACCUCCGAUGCGAGUAAAUACCAUCGCUUACUGAUCCUCAUGUUGUUGAUAGAUUGCUGGAUCCGCCGAGCUGCUGCGCGAUGAAAUUAUCUACAUUGCUCACAAGGCUGCAGCCCCGCAGCGAUAUCCUCCGUCUCAGGCCGUACUCGACGCGUACCCAUCCCAGCGAAAGCACCUCGAGACGGACUACCCGCCCACACUUGUCCAGUUACAAGUCUUUGACGGCGCUGCUCAUGUCACGACAACACUUUCAAUCACCGAACCGGCCAAGUACAUGUACCGCGCAUGCGCCAAUUUCGGAUUGUGGGCCAUCGCGAGGGCCAACAAGGGGUCAACUCGCAGUCACAAUACUUCCCAUGCUUCCUCCGUCAUCGAACUGGCGGAAGUGGUGGACAACAUCUCCCUUGGCUCCGAGGACGAGAGCUCGGACUCUGAUGCGGAGAGUGUUCUCGGGGAGGGAGAAGUGGCGACGGGAUCCGUCCGCAUCGGCGGUCAUAUUGGUCAUUUCCACCAUCACCUGAUUCGCCAGCGCGUCGCCGUCAAUGGCCGCGUUCGACCUCUGGAACCCGAAGCGGACUUGCCUGCACUCCAAAUGAGCCCGGAAGCGGUGGGCAACCUCCACCCCGAGCCAGUUCGGAAAUGGCUCGACAAGCGUGCGCAGUUCGACAAGAAGUACGCCAAGGAUCUGGCCAAGUACCGCCGCAUCAGGACUGAGGACCGACAGAUCGCUGAAAGCUCGGGGUUCCUGAUGGGCGAGUUCACCGGUGAGCGACCGCCGCUGACUUCGUUGGCGGGGUUCCAUGAUGUCAAGCUGGCGCGCGAAACAGCAAGGAGCGUAGAUGAGAUUGGCGACGUGAACCUUGCCCUGGCUGCAUGGAACUCGGUCUCUGUAGCCCCGGACGAGGAGGUGGCUGAUGGCACGAACGGCGGAAGCCCGGGUGGCAGUGGUUCUGAGAAGGGUACGGAAGGGCAGUAG